AUGGUUUUGCAAGUAACAACUGCCAAUAACGUCAAAGUCUACACAGUUUCUGGAGGAUUAGGCUCUCGAUCUAUUCCUGAUUGGCUUGUACGUCAAAAGAAGAAGGCAUUGAAAAAAGAUUUUGAUUUCCGUACAAGAGUGGAACUCAUUCAAGAUUUUGAAUUUCCCGAAGCAUCCAACAAGAUAAAGACGACUCGUGAUGGAAAAUAUGUUGUAGCAACCGGCACAUAUAAACCUCAAAUGAGAGUUUUUGAAUUUGCAGAUAUGUCAAUGAAGUUUGAGCGCCAUACUGAUGCCGAAACACUCAAUUUCGAGAUCUUAUCCGAAGAUUGGACAAAGCAAGCACUUUUACAAAACGAUCGUUCAGUAGAGCUUCAUUCACAAGGUGGUAUUCAUUACCGUACUCGUAUUCCCAAGUUUGGUCGUGAUCUUGCCUAUCACUUCCCAUCUUGCGAUCUCAUGGUCACUGCAUCCGGAUCUGAAGUAUAUCGACUCAAUUUAGAUCAAGGUCGAUUUUUGAACUCUAUUCAAACUGAUUCAGAGGAAGGUGUCAAUUGUGUGGAAAUCAAUCCAGCCCAUCAGUUAUUUGGCAUGGGUACAGCUAAAGGCACAGUGGAAUUAUGGGAUCCUAGAUCCAAGUCGAGAGUGGGUCUUUUAUCCAACCUGGAAGUGCCUGCUGCAUAUGGCAGAGACGAUAACACAGCUUUGGAAGUAUCAGCACUCAAAUUCCGUAAUGAUGGUUUAACCAUGGGUGUGGGUACUACUACAGGUCAUACUUUGUUGUAUGAUUUGCGUUCCAGUGUGCCUACCAUUGUCAAGGAUCACCAAUAUGGCUUCCCUAUCAAGACCAUUCAUUUUCACAAGGGCGUUGCUGGUGCUAAUGAUUCAGAAACGGGCGGUGAUAAGGUCAUUGUUGCAGAUUGUAAGAUUGUCAAGAUUUGGGACCGUGCUAGUGGCAAGCAUUUCACAUCUAUUGAGCCUGAAACGGAUAUCAACGAUGUUACUACUGUGGAAGACAGCGGGUUGAUUUUUACUGCAAAUGAAGGUAUUCAAAUGGGCUCUUAUUUCAUCCCUCAAUUGGGUCCUGCUCCUCGCUGGGCUUCUUUCCUCGAAAACCUUACAGAAGAAAUGGAAGAAAACCCGAACCGCGACAUUUACGACGAAUACAAGUUUGUUACUCGCAAAGAACUUACAGCACUUGGUUUGGAGCAUCUCAUGGGUACCAAUGUCCUCAAGGCCUAUAUGCAUGGUUUCUUUGUCGAUUUGCGUUUGUAUGAAAAGGCUAGACUUAUUGCUAAUCCCUUUGCCUACGAUGAUUAUCGCGAGCGUGCUGUCAAGGACAAGAUUGAAAAGGAGCGUGGUUCUCGUAUCCGUGCUGUCAAACAAUUGCCCAGUGUCAACAAAGCACUUGCCAAGCAACUCAUGGCUGAACAGAAUGGCAGUAAGAAGGCCAAGGGCGGUGAGGUCUUGGGUGAUAGCCGUUUCGCAGAUUUGUUCGAAGAUCCUGAUUUCCAAGUGGACGAGAAAUCCAAAGAGUUUCAAUUGUUGCAUCCUUCUACUAAACAAAGCAGACAUGUCAGAUCUGAUGAUGAAGAAGAGGAAUCAGAUCAAGAAAUGGGUGCAGUACACGAUAUGGACAUGGAAGAUGAUGACGAAGAGAUGGAUCAAGAUGAUGACAGCGACCGUAUGUCCGGUGGAUCUGACAGCGAAGAUGACAUUGUGUCCAAGAUUCGUAAAGAAAGAGGAUUAGAAGUGCGUGACAAGAAGCAAGCAUCAACUUCCAUUCGAUCAGGAUCAAGAAACACCAGCACCAAGAAGCGUGGACCUGAUAUGCGUAUGGGUACAGUGGGAGGCAGAAUGACAAGCAAGAGUGAGAGCAAAAAAUCCUUCGGAUCCAGAUUACAAUCUCAAGAGAAUCGCCGCAAGAAUGAUGGCCAUAAUAUGUCACGUACAGCCUUGGGAGGUAUGGAGAUGUCCUUUACACCUCAGUCAUCAAAGAGCAAAGGUGGAAACAAGGAUAAUAACAAGCACAAGAAUAAGCGUCGUGCAUAA